AUGCCCGGGUGGGCGACGGUGCUGAUGGUCCUGGCGUUGGGCAGGGUCCCGCUGGCCUCAGCCACCCCUGUCCCAGCCCCGCAGCUCCCCGCUCAGCACUCUCCCCGGGCCACUCCCCGCCCUGCGGCCUCGGAGAGCCCCCCAGCGAAGAGCCCCCCAGCCAGCACCCCGGGGAGCCAGCCCCGCCCCGGCCCCCGCCCCGGCCCCCGCAUCACCCUCUCGCUGGACGUGCCCCUGGGCCUCCAGGAGAUCCUCCUGGCCCAGGCCCGGGCCCGAGCCCUGCGGGAGCAGGCUGCCGCCAACGCCCGCAUCCUGGUCCGGGUGGGCCGCCGCUGA